GGAGGCAGAGGCGGGCGGAGGCGGAGAGCAGCUGCUUUCUGGGCGCGGGGUCACGUGAAGCCUCUCGCUGCCGUGGGAGGAGGUGAAAAACUGCGGUUAGGGAGGAUCUGGUUUAACCGUCAUCGGGAAGCGCGCUGGAACAGGAUUGCAGAGUGAGGUGAGGUAGGGUCAGGUUGGGGGGCGCUGUCCUGGGCGCUCGCGUGGGAGACACCUGCAGCCGGUAGCUGGUUGGGGGCUCUGCAGUAGGGUGUCGAGGCGCCGCAGGAGCCUCCCGGCCACCUGCAGGUCACAGCUGACUCCUCCGUGCGUCUCGGAGACGCUGGCCGCGUAUACUUGCAGGCGCAGGAGAGAGGGUUUCGGAGCGACGGGUCUCACCUCCCCUCGCGCCGAAGACUCUUGGCCUGCGCAGACCCCGGCCGGACGCGCUGGAGAUCGAACUGCGCCGGGAUUUCUCCACUUUCCUCUCGUCACCCACUUUUCUCGCCCACCGGGUCGCUUAGGGCCGGGCCACCUCACCUGCCCGAGGUUUUCCAGAAUGAGACUGAGAUGAUCAUCCUCGGAGCGUCUCCAAGCCAGGGCAAAAGUCAAGACGCUCCUAAUGCGAACAUUACGUUCUCUUAACGCUUGGGUAGACUCCUCUGGACGUCAGUAGUUGUAUCGAUGUGCGUCCCACCCCUAGUCGGCGGCCUCAGGUAGGUCUAGUGCCAAAGGGCAGAGUGAUCUCACAGGCCUUGAGAAGCAUGAGAUUUCAGACUUUUAUUUACUUCUUUUUUUGGAGGCUCUCAGGCGGAACCGAGGAUCGAUGAAUCAGCAACUCAAGUUUCUUGAAUCUUUGAUGAUGGGGAAGGUUGCCCGGAGCCACGUGCUUGGUUAAAAAUCUGUUUCAGCAUCUUUCCAAGUUGAGGCGGCCCAUUAGUUUCCUACCUUUCCCACCGAGUGGAGUUGCAUAAAUAGAGUUGGAUAUUGAAUUCCUAAGGAGAAAAUAAUGGAUUGCACAUUAGUUAUUCUCUAAGUGUUUGGACCAACAGUGUGUAGUCCUCUGUUGCAAAGGCCGAAAGAAGAUGGCAACUCCUUAUGUCCCAGUUCCUAUGCCAAUAGGAAACUCUGCUUCCAGUUUUACACCCAACAGAAACCAAAGAAGUUCUUCUUUUGGGAGUAUCUCAACAAGCUCAAACUCUUCCAAAGGCCAGUUAGAAGACUCAAAUAUGGGUAAUUAUAAACAGACAAGUAUGCCUGAUCAAAUGGAAAGUACUUCGUCUAUCUGUAGCAGUCCCCUCAUUAGGACUAAAUUUACAGGUACAGAUUCUUCCAUCGAGUAUUCUGCUAGACCAAGAGAAAGCGAAGAACAAAAUCCUGAAACAGCCAGUUGGGAAGAUAGACCAUCUACACCUACUAUACUGGGUUAUGAAGUGAUGGAAGAAAGAGCUAAAUUUACUGUGUAUAAAGUACUAGUAAAGAAAUCCCCAGAAGAAAGCUGGGUAGUUUUUAGAAGAUACACUGACUUCUCUAGACUUAAUGACAAAUUAAAAGAGACGUUUCCAGGCUUUCGAUUAGCACUUCCACCAAAACGCUGGUUUAAAGAUAAUUACAAUGCCGACUUCUUAGAAGAGAGACAAUUAGGAUUACAAGCAUUUCUUCAGAAUUUAGUAGCUCACAAGGACAUUGCUAACUGCCUUGCAGUGAGAGAAUUUCUUUGUCUGGAUGAUCCACCAGGUCCAUUUGAUAGCCUAGAAGAAAGCAGGGCUUUCUGUGAAACUUUAGAAGAAACAAACUACCGCUUACAGAAGGAACUACUUGAAAAACAAAAAGAGGUGGAAUCACUGAAGAAACUGCUCAGUGAGAAGCAACUUCAUAUAGACACUAUAGAGAACAGAAUCAGAACAUUGUCCUUAGAACCUGAAGAAUCACUGUGUAUGUCAGGAACAGAAGGUGAACAAAUCCUAAAGGUGGAGUCCCCUGUGCUUGAGUCGGAUCAAGAUAUCCUGGAUGAAGAAUCUAGAGCUGAUAAUAAGCCAUCCUUAAGUUGUAAUGAACUUGAAAAUUCUAUAUCGGAGAUAGAAGUAGCGGAAGUGGCAUAUAAUGCUGAAGAAGACUAACACAUCUCAAGCAUCUCCCUCCAUUUUGACAUUUUAGUAAAUUUAGAAUUGAGUGGCAAAUAUUAUUUUUUAAAAAAGGACUGUGAAACAUUUACAGGAAAAAGCAAGAAUGUACAUGUAUAAAGUUUACAUAAAGAAAAAAUAUUUAAGUUAUUGGAAUAGGAAAUAUAUUCACUGCUGCUUUUAAUCAUCUUUUUCCAGCUUUUGUGUUCAAUACACUAAAAAAAAUCUAGUUAGAAUUCUGUUAUCAAGAGUCACAUUAUUAAAUACCGUGCAUAAGUAAUUAUGGUAUUUUGCCACUAUAUUUUGCUUCAGACUAACAUGUAUGUGUAUUUUUUUUUAAAUCACCAAUUAUAUUAGUCAGAUAGAAAUUAAUAGCAUGUUUCUAUCUGGGUGAUUAUAUACUGCAUUGUAUCUCUGACAUGAUAUAUUUUCAUUAGUGGUUUAAAUUAGUGAACAUCCUAGUAAAGAUAAAGAUGAAUUGUAAAUGUUCACAUUUUUACCGUCUUUAAAUGAAAAUUAGUUAUUUGGAAUGUUAAUGCUAUUUAAAAGAAGAGGCAAUGACUUUCUAGUACCAAAGGAAAAUGAUUUGAAAGAUCUGAAAUCACAGAACUAAGUGAUAAAACAUAGCCUUGAUAUAAAAAGCUAAUUCGUUAAUAUCAAGGUACUGUAGUACCAUGGAACCCUGGCGGUGCAGUGAUUUAGAGCUGGGCUGCUAACGAAAGGGUCAGCAGUUCAAAUCCACCAGCUGCUCCUUGGAAACCCUAUGGGGUCAGCUCUGCUCUGUUCUGUAGGGUCACUAGGAGUCAGAAUCGACUCAACAGCAACGGGUACCGUGUCCCAAUUUAUUAUGUCAUGCUUGUUUAUUUUCCAUGUAAUCUUAAUCUUCAGUCUUUACCUGUAGAGUCCAUGAGUUUGCCUUUUCCAGAAUACUACCUCUUUUUCUAAUCAAGGCAUACUCUUUUGAAAAAAUAUUAUAGAUUCUAAGCAAAUAGGAAAUUAUACAAAAAGAAAGGAAAACAAAAAGCCAUAUAUGCUACGAAGUUCCUAACUAGGCUGACUCCUCUGGUGUUGCAUUUUUAUUUCUAUAUGUGUGAAGAUGUUGCUAUCAUGCAUUAUGGCUGAUUUUCUUUUUAUUAUAUUUAGCCAAGUGAUGCACUUUAUGAUAAACUCUUUUUGUGCCAAGUUUAAUUGGUGAAUUCCUUUAGUACAUGGAGUAAGGAGAAUUAUGUAGUGCCUUUACUCGUUCAUGUUUUACAAGUGUCCUAGGGUCUGUGAGUCAGCUUUAUGAAAAUGUUUUAUGCUUAUUUCAGCUUCAUGUCUAGUUAUUGAAAGUGCCUUGUUUCAUUUUAUAGUAUGAAGUUACUCAUUUAUUUUCUGUUUCUACUGUUUUACCUGUUGCUAUUAGUAUGCAUUGUAAUCAUGCUAGCAUUUUCAAGUCCCAUUUGGUAUAUUGAACUACAUAUGCUUUCUAAAAACUGAGAGAAACAGAAAACAAUCUCCAAUUUUAUUUUUUUUACUUUAUAAAAGUUUAUCAGUAUCUUGAUGUACACAUUAAGACAUGGUUGUUUAAAAUUCUGCCGAUAAAGAUCAGUACGUCCAAUGGCUAUUGUUAAUCUUUGAUCUAAAAAGGAGACUCCUUUUUACCACAGUACCAAAAUUUUUAAAGUCUUUGUCAAAAUACACAGGUAUGCUCUGUCUCAACAUCUUCCACAAAGUAUAUAUUACAAAUGUGUUCACUAUCCUUGGAGACAGAAAAAUCAAUAUAAUAAACCAGUCUCUACUUGUUCAUUUAAAAAAUACUAUUCUAGACCUUGCAAAAGGCUUUAAAAGAAUAAUCAUUUAAAUUGAUUUAUACCAUUUUCAGUCUAGUAAAACAAGGUGAUUCUUGCCAAAUUCCAGAUACUGUAGCGCUAUGUAUCUGUCUUAAAGUGAACCACAAACUUAAAAUCUGACCUUUCCGAAGAUGGUAUUUGAAGUUUUGGAUGGGGAAGAAUAACUGCUAAUUAGGUAAGCCACUAAUAUUUAUAUUAAGAAUUUACUUUUUUUUUUUUUUUUUACUUUUAUAACCCGUUUUAUUCCCAGUAUUAUAUUCAUUUAGUAAAUUAUUUGUUUCGGUACAACAGAAGCUAUGUUGUUCAGAUAUUGAAAGUCUUUUUCCUCCCCCAAUUUCUGUGUUCUUCUCCCUAUCACCUGUUAUUAUUAUACAUUAAGUUAUAUUUAAGUGCUGCAUUUCACAGAUGUGGAAUGAAUCUGUGAUUUUCUUUUUAUGUUUACACGUCAUAUUACGCAUAGUUCUAAGUCUUUGUCGAUAGGUACAGUGCACUUCAGAUGUAACCAAUAUUAAUAAAAAAAUGAAACAGCUGAACCAGAAAAACACUUUUGUGGAUCAUCUUUUACCUUUUAAGAUUUCAGUUCACAUAUAGGUAGUUCAGCCAUGAAACUUAGCAUUAAAAAUUAUGUUUUAAAUAUAUUUUUAAUUUGUUCAAAAUGUAUUUUAUGUGUUAACUACUCUGAGAUUAGCCAUUGAAAAGCGCACUUAGAAAACCAUGUUCCUCAAAUAAAUAUGUAGCCUUGUUCAACUGUCUAUUAGGAGAGAAGUGUGGCCUAAGUCUAAAAAUAAUCCAUACUUAUGGUUUCAAAGUAGGUUUUAUCACUAAUAUGGACAGAAGAGUUUUGGGAUUACCAGUGCGUAUUCCCAGCUAGGAGGGGGAGGGAUCCAAAUCUCACCCUCUGGGAGGUCUUCAGAGAGCCACGUAUUUGACCCACAUUUUGCUGUUGAUUGAAUUGCCCUGACUGCACCACACUCGCUGCUGUGCUUCUAUACUGUUGCCUUUUAUUAGGGAAAAACAAUCAUCAAAACUUGUAUUUUCAACACAUAUGUUUUUAAGGCUGUUGGCAACUUUGUCACAAAUCAUGUACCCUUUAUGAGGAUCCACGGGAGAAAGUUCUCUUAAGUCUCAGUACCAGUAAAACUGUGCUUCUGCUAAACAACUGAUUUGUUUUUAUGUUAAAGACUCAAUUACUUACAUAGGUUUUGUUUUGCCUUUUGGACAUUUCUAAGCCAAAUUGUUCACCUCUAGCUACUGCACAGAACAUUAUGGGUUAUGCUUUGUGCAGUAAUCGUGGCUUUAUUAUAUUUGUCUAUCGUUAUUUUCUCUUAACUCCAACUUUCUCCCUCAUUUAAUUUAUCCUGUUAGAGCAUAUGUAAUUUUGUUCUGAUAAAGUCUCAGACUUGAAUGACAUCUUAGACUACAUUUAGGUAAGAACUUGUCAUAUCCUUGUACUUCAUCUUCUACAAUCACUGCCACCACUAAGUGAUGCCAAUAGUACGAAAAGCUAAAUCAUCCUUGUCUUUUAAAAAUGCCUUUAAGUGAGAUGAGUGAAUGUGGAAUGUAAACUUAGAAAUCCUAUCCAGGGGCAAGCUAUGCGUAGGAUUUUGGCCAGAGCACAGCAUUGAUAAAGUCAUGGUUUUAACCAUAACCUCAAAUUAGGACAGACCCCACUUGCCAACUGCAUAUACUAAGAUGGUAUCUAAAGCCCCACCUCGACAGUAUUGAGCCCUUACCUCUAGAGGAGUUACUCUCUAGAGUUAGUUGAUCUGCCAGUUCAAGCUUUCAGUUAUCUUGUCCAGCAAAUACUGUCCAUUGGCUAACCCAACAGAUAUUUGCAGUCCUUUUCCACCUCCGGGAUAGGAAUUGGAAAAGCUAAAUACUUAUUUUUUCAGCUCUAAGUUUGGAGUUGGGGCACAAUUAUGGCCAGUGAGACAAGUGAAAGUCUGCUGGUGACUGCUGGAGUGUCUUGCUUUUCUGAGAAGGCCAACACGCUGCAGAUACAGUCCCUUACUCUUGUUUUGAUCUCAGAUUUGCUGUCCAGAGGUACUAUGGCAAACAUGAGGUGUGACCAGCAUACAGGAAGGAUAAGAGAAGCACAGAGAUUGGCUACUUCUUCAGCCACUAUUAAUUUGUGGGUUUUUUUUGUUUGUUUUUUUUGUUUUUUUGCUAAUUGUAGCCGGAAACAUUUGUAAUUAACGCACCAAAAUAAAAGCUAUCUUAAUUUGGAUUGCAGAUUAUGAUCUUAAGAAGAAAAAGUUUUUCAAAAAAAAAGGCUUUUCUGUCUGUAGUGAUAUUGUUUUUUGUUUUGUUUUUUUGUUUUAAAGCUUAAGGGGAGAGAAGCAUCUAUUAGAUAUAACUAAGGUCCCUUAACUUUUGAGGCUCUUCUGACAAAUCAAGUAUGAAAGAGAAAGUAAAUAGUCUAUUUUCUUUAUAUAGUGUGGAUGUAACAUCACCGAAAUGUUUGUGAAAAUACGUCAUAGUUCAAAAGGUUAAAGUAGAUAGCCUGUUCAUUCGUUCGUUCAGCACUGUACAUCGACUGUGACUUGGCAGUGGGUUAUAAAAAUUAAACAAAGAACAUGAGUUCUUGGUUAUCUUUCUUAGUAAGCCAUAUUCCUAAUACAUUUUCUGAUUAGCUUUGUGAUUUCUUUAGAGUGAAGACUCAAGACCUGUGUGAAAAAAUCUAUGACAGAAAGCUUCUCGAUUUUUAGUUUUUUUUUUUUUUUCCAAACUCGUGCUAGCAGCUAUCUGGUUAUACUUUUACCAAGUCUUUCCAAAUCAUUUGACCUAGUUUUUCCUGAAAUAUUUUGCAUUCCUAUUUCAUUAGUUCUGACUGUAUUAAUCAACUGAUUUUAAAUUCAAUUUUAAAUACAGCUGCUAUACACAAAUUUGGAAGCAAACUGAUUCUUAGUAACCAUACAGUGCACCAGGAGGGGGCAGGAGUGUGCAAGUGUUCUCAUGAAGGAACCAGGAACAUUCAGGGCGCCGUGAGCGUUCAGGUAUUUUACGAAGUAUAUUUUAUAGUAAAGAUGGAGAACCUCAGCGUAUCAUUUAAGUGUGUAUUCCAUGGUUGGGGGCAGGGAUGAUUCACCUUACACCUAAAACCUGUCCAAUUCUCUUCAUCUUUGCACCCAUCACCCUGGCCAAAUAAAUGAAUCGCUGCAGUCUUCUUUUAACUGAUCUUCCUGCUUCCACUUGUGCCCCCACUAUAAUCCAUUCUCCCGAAGUGGCCAUAGUAUUCUUUUUGAAAAACCUAAACACAUUGUAUGUUUUCUCUACUUAGAAACUUCAAAAGGUUUCCCAUUAUAAAUUUCAGACUUCUUGCCGUGGCCUCCAAACAUGACCUCACUUCUGCCAACUGCUCUUCCUAAUGCCAGCCACAUUGUCCUUCUUUCUAAACGUAAGUCUGUCAAGCUCUUUCCUGCCUCUUAACUUUGCCAUAUGCCCUUGUCUAGAAUGCUAUUCCUAGACUCCUCACAGGCUGGCUUCUCUUCAAGUCUUAGGUUAAGUAUUACCACUUCAGGCUACCUAAAAUAGUCCUCAGAGCAGCCACCUCAGUCUCAAAUUUCUAAUUAUUGUCCCUUUCAUCUGCCCUCUCCAGUCCUGCCCCCUUCCCAGCUUAGAAGAGGCCCUGGCACAAUAGUGCUCAAAAAGUAUUUAUUAAAUAAACAAGGUUGUAAACACCUGAAUUAGGAAAUUAUUAGAGAAAGUAGAAAUCAGUAGCAAAAAAUAUUUGGAAGGAAAAUUUAAAUCCUGGGGCUUGGUACUCUCUGGGUAAAUUGCUAUACUACUUAAGUGAGGCUAGAGGGGGAGGAGCACAUUUAGUGAGGACGAGCUUAGGUUAUCUAGGACAUACUGGAUUUGAAAUACCACAGGCAAUGCAGAUGAAGUGCUCCAGUGGGUGGCUGGAUACAACCGUCAAAAAUUAAGGAAUUUAGGAGGAGAACUGAAGCCGUGUAAAUGAGAAAAAAAAAAUCAAAUGAUGUAUUACAUUAGGCAAAUCUGCUGUGAAAGACCCCUUUAAAGUAUUAAAGAGCAAAGAUGUCACUUUUAGAACUAAGGUGCACCUGGACAAUGAAUAAGGAAGACCAAAGAAGAAUUGACACCUUUGAAUUAUGGUAUUGGAGAAGAAUAUUGAAUAUACCAUGGACUGUCAGAAUAACAAACAAAUCUGUCUUGGAAGUACAGCCAGAAUGCUCCUUAGAAGCAAGGAUGGUGAGACUUCAUCUCAUGUACUUUGGACAUGUUAUCAGGAGGGACCAAUCCCUGGAGAAGAACAUCAUGCUUGGACAAGUAGAGGGUCAGCGAAAAAGAAGAAGACUCUCAAAUAGAUGAACUGACACAGUGGCUUUAACAAUGAGCUGAAACAUAGCAAUUAUUGUGAGAAUAGCACAGGACUGGGCAGUGUUUCAUUCUGUUGUACAUAGGGGCGCUAUGAGUCGGAACCAAAUCGACAGCACCUAACAACAUAACACCUCUUAUUUUCAUAUUCCUUCUAGUACGGUGGUCUAGAACAUUAGGAACUCAAAUGUUUGCAGCCCUGAAAUGAAGACCAGAAAUGCAUGGCUCCAUGUGUGCUAUAGUGACAAGCAUCCUGGAAAUAGCCUGAUGGGCCCAGGUGUUGUAUCCAGUUAAUUUGUUUUUCAUUCCAUCAGUAAUUUGUUAUCACCAAAGUCAUAUUUAAUAAUAACAGAUAUAAAUAGCACAAUAUCACAAAGUUCUGUCUUUGUUCUUUGCUUAUUUUAAUAAUAUUUAGUAUUUAAAGUGAAGUUUAGGAAAAAAUUCAAAUAGGCAAUAAAAUCAAAAAAGUUAGGUCUCACUAGUAAUCAAAGAAAUAUAACUGCAAUAAGAAGGCAGUAUGUUGACAGAUUUUUUUGUGUGAUGUUUUCACUUGAGUGUGGGGAAAUUAACUCUGUGCAUUGCAGGAGGGGAAACCCUGGUGGCGUUAUGGUUAAGUGCUACAGCUGCUAACCAAAAGGUCGGCAGUUCGAAUCCACCAGGCGCUCCUUAGAAACUCUGUGAGGCAAUUCUACUCUGUCCUAUAGUGUCGCUAUGAGUCGGGAAUCGAUUCUACAGACCCCUCCUGGUCAGCUUGGCCCCCGCCUUGCCAUGCUCUGUGGUCCCAAGGGAAAUAGGCCUGGACCCCCAGACCCCUCCCCACCAGCUCAGACUCCACCUCACCAUGUUCCACAGACCCCAGAGGAACAGGCCUGAACCACCAGAGUCCUCCUCCCCAAUCAGUCUCCACUUUUUAACACUCCAUGCCCCCAGGAGGAACCAGCCCAGACUCCCAGACCCCUCCCUGCCAACUCCGCCCCUGACCCGUCAUGCUCCACAGCCCCAGAGUGAACUGGCCUGAACUGCCAAAGCCCUCCCUGCCAGCUCAGGCCCUGCCUCACCAUGAUCCAUGGCCCCAAGGGAAACAGUCCCACCCCUCCCUGUGCCCCAGUCCAGCCCUAAACUGCAGCCCAGUUCUUGCCACGAACAACCCAUCACAGCCCCUUCCCCCGCUACUGGACCUGUCCUGCUGCAGCAUAGCUGAGCAACAAGCCCUGCUCACCAGGACAAGGUAGUGAGAACUGUCGUGCUCACAGACAAGGAGCAAAGCACAUCCAGCCCACCUACCCAGACAUAACCAAGCAAAGCAAAAAAGCAGGUUAAAACAAACAAACCUACAAUCAAUAAACAAAAUAAUACCUGAAUGUCUCAGAGACAGCAGACAAUAUCAAAACAUAUUAAAAAAAAAAAAAAAAAGGACAAGAUGGAUGCAGUAAGUGACCAGAAUAAAGCACCAGUUGACCUUACAGUAGAAGAAAAGGCACUGGAACUACCUGAUAGGGAAUUCAAAAUUUUAAUAUUCAGGGCUAUCCAAGAGAUUAAGAAAGAGAUCAAGGAAAAUGCAGACAAAAUCAUGGAAAAUACAGACAAAACCAACCAAAACAAAGCCAAAAUCAAGGGAAGCACAAAGCAAUAGAAGAAUUCAGGAAAAUAAUACAGUAACAAAAUGUCAAAAUAAAUAAACAAUUAGAAAACAUACAAAAACAGCAGUUAGAAAUCCAAAUGACAAAAUUCAGAAAUAGACAACGCAAUAGAAGGUUUCAGAAGCAAAUUUGAAACAAUGGAAGACACAAUCCAUGAAAUUGAAAACAAAUCCAUGGAUGUGAGUUUGUUUGAGGAAAAACCAGAGAAAAGAAUGAAGAAAACCUAAGAGCUACAUGGAACACAAUCAAGAACAAAAAAUUGCACAUGUUCCAGAACAGAGGAAAAAAUAGAAAACACAGGAAGGAUCAUUACAGAUUUGCUGACAGAAAACUUCCCUAACAUCAUGAAAAAUGAAAAGCUAACCAUCCAAGCUCAACGAACCCCAUAUAGGAUAGACCACAAAAGAAAGUCACCAAAACAUAUCAUAAUCACACUUACUAAAACCAAAGACAAAGAGGAAUCAUUAGAGCAGCUCAAGAAAAAUGAAAAGUCACAUACAAAGGGGAAACAGUAAGACUAAACUCUAAUUACUUGGCAAACACCAUGUAGGCAAAAAGCCAAUGCGAUGAUAUAUAAAACCCUGAAAGAAAAAAAAUUGCAAAACAAGAAAAAUAUAUCCUGCAAAACUCUCAAAUAUGAUGGUGAAAUUAGGACAUUUCUAGACAAACAAAGAUUAAGGGAAUUUGUAAAAAAACCAAACCAAACUUACAAGAAUUAUUAAAGGGAGCCCCUCUGUUAAAGAACCGACCAACAACCUGAAUCUAGGACACAAGUCAGUAUCAGCCAGUGUUAAUUACUAGGUAAUUAACUCUCCAGGAUAAAACAAAACUUAAAGACUUAAAACAGGGAACUAGAGAUGUCAACCUGUAUGUGACAACAACAUCAGAACAACAAAAGGAGGAAUACAUGGUGCAGAUACACAACUUUCAAACAGAGAGAAAGUCAAGGUGAUACUGAGUAAUAAAAGACUUAGGAAAAAAAGGGAAAUUUUCACAGUAAACACAAAGUUAUCAAACCUACUUAUCAAAUAAAGAAGAAAAAAAGUCUCAGUAAACACAAAAUCUACAAUAACGAUAGAAAUGAAAAGAAAUUCCACAAACAAAAGGAACCCAGCACAGGAGAGUAAGAGGAACAAAGAAAACCUCAGCACCAAAAAAAAAAAAAGCACCACACAAUGACAGCAAUAAAUUCACACCUAUUGAUAAUCACACAGAAUAUGAAUGGCUUAAAUGCACCUGUAAAGAGACAGAAUGACAGAAUAAAAAAAUGACCCAUCAAUAUGCUUUCUACUAGAGAAACACAUUAGACCCAAAGACAAAUAUAUUAAAAAUCAAAGGAUGGAAAGAAAAUCAAGCAAAUAAACCAAACCCACUGCCGUCAAGUCAAUUCCGACUCAUAGCGACCCUACAGGACAGAGUAGAACUGCCCCAUAGAGUUUCCAAGGAGCACCUGGUGGAGUUGAACUGCCAGCCUUUUGGUUAGCAACCAAAACAGAGCAGAAGUGGCAGUACUAAUCUCAGAUAAAAUGGACUUUAAGGCAAAUCCACCAUAAAAGACAAGGAAGGGCAUCAUAUAAUGAUUAAAGGGACAAUCUACCAGGAUGACAUAACCAUAAUAAAUAUCUAUGCACCCAAAGACAGGGCUCCAAAAUACAUAAAACAAACUCUAACAGCACUGAAAAGAGAAACUGACAGUUCCACAAUAAUAGUAGGGGACUGCAACACACGUGCCUCCGCAAAGAAUAAGACAUAUAGAAAUAAACUCAACAAAGAUACAUAUCUUAGUCAUCUGGUGCUGCUAUAACAGAAAUACCACAAGUGGAUGACUUUAACCAAGAGAGGUUUAUUCUCUCACAGACCAGUAGGCUAGAAGUCCGAUUUCAGAGCACCAGCUCCAGGGGAAACCUUUCUCUCUCUGCUUCUCUCUCUCUCUUUCGGCUCUGGAGGAAAAUCUCUGUUAUCAUCUCCCCUUUCUCUGGAAACAUCUCAGCACAGGUACCUCAGGUCCGAAGAAUGCCCUGUACUCCCGGCACUGCUUUCUUGGUGGUAUGAGGUCCCCCUGUCUCUCUGCUUCUCUCUUUUAUAUCUCAAAAGAGACUAGCUUAAUACACUAUCUAAUCUUGUAGAUCUCAUCAAUAUAACUGCCACUAAUCCAUCUCAUUACAUCAUUGUGAUAGGAUUUACAACACAUAGGGAAAUCACAUCAGAUGACAAAAUGGUAGACAAUCAUACAAUACUGGGAAUCAUGACCUAGCCAAGUUGACAGAUAUUUGGGGGCACACAAUUCAAUCCAUGACAUUGCACCCUUUGGCCCCCCAAAAUUCAUGUCCUUGCCACAUGUAAAACAUAUUCACCCCAUCACAUCAUAGCAAAAGUCUUUGAUCAACUCCAAGUCCAAAAUCCAAAAAUUCCUCUUCAUCUAUAAAAGCAAGAAUACAAGCUAUCUGGUUCCGAAGGUGCAAUGCUGCAUCAGGCAGCCACAGGCUAGACAUUUCCAUUACAAAUGGGAGAAAUUGGAGGAAAAGAAGGGAAAAGAGGCACCAAGCAAGUUAGCAGAGCAUAUUACAUUAGCCCCCAAGGCUUGAAAAUAAUCCUCUGUUCUCUGAGACCAUUCACACAAUAGCCCUGUCCUCCAGACUCUAGGUAUUGGCCACACUCUCCAAAUUCUGAGCGGAGGCCCCUCAGCCCUGGGCUCCAGCUCCACCUUCCAGGCCACUGGAAUGGCAACUCUGCUUUCUCAGCUUUAGGUACAGCAUUCUCCUAGUCCAUCUGAUGGGUGACUCCACUCUUAGAAACACCAGAGUCCAUGGCUCCACUCUUUGAGGCCCCAGAGGUUAAGGCCAUACCUUUUGAGACUGAGGCAGUUCGGCUUCCUGUGUUCUUUGUCUCUUCAGCUCCUGCUUCUUGGUUCCUUGGCCUCUCCACCCUUGGGCCUCAUGCCUGCAUCUGCCCUGCUAGAGCAA